AUGCCGGCGGCGAGGCAGCAGCAGCAGCAACAGCAGCCCGCGUGCGCGGCGUGCAAGCACCAGCGGCGGCGGUGCACGGCGGAGUGCCCGCUGGCGCGCUACUUCCCGCACGACCGCCCGGGCCUCUUCCGCAGCGCGCACCGCCUCUUCGGCGUCAGCAACAUCCUCAAGACGCUCCGCCGCGCUGGCCCCGACCGCGCCCGCCGCGACGACGCCAUGCGCGGCCUCGCCUACGAGGCCGCCGCCUGGGACACCUACCCGGCCGGCGGCUGCCUCCCCGCCAUCGUGGCUCUGGAGAGCCAGCUCCGCCAGGAGCACGGCAUCCUCCGCUGCCUCCAAGCCCAGAUCCACCACUACCGCCGCCGCCUCGAGCCUUCCCCUCCCCUCUCCCUGCCGCCGCCCACCGGAGAUGUACCUCCGGCGCCGACCGAGGGUAGCAACAUGCACUACUUGGACGAGCACAAAUAUGUACCAGCAUCGUCAGGAUUAUACGGUAAUGACAACGGUGACGACGGCGUCGUUGCUGCACCGUCCCUGCCGUGGAAGAUGCAGCCGCAGUACUACGAGGGCGCCAUUGCCAACAUGGGUGGCGUCGUCGGGCAAGAAGAAAACCAGUAUCAGUUGUUAUUCGAUCACACUGCUACCGCUGGCGGCCAUCAGCACGAGUAUGACGAGAUCUCGCCCUUCUUGGAACUGGAAGGCAUCGACGCCGACGACCACCACGACCGCACGCCGCCGGAUGAAUCCAACAGCUCGAACUCAUGGAAGAAGAAGGAGAUUAAACCAUCCACGAAGAUGGAGCUAAACUAAUGAUGAGCUGGGAAAAAUACAACUAGGAUAGUAGUUUCGCUUUGAUAUGCAAGAAUAGCUUAAUCAGAAGAUGCCGUCUUUUAUUUGAGAAACUACUCAUCAAUGUCAUUUUUAUUAUGUUUUGUGUGCUUUGUAUUUCUGGUGAAUCUUUAUAAUAUUUCUAGGCCCUUUUCACACACAAGAAACCUUAGUCUUUGCUCGAUUAGUAAUUAGAUGAGAUCAGUAGUGGUCGCUAGCUAAUCCACAUCAGAUUUGUUUAGGUUCUUUUUAUGGGGAUAUUGAUGUGACUCAACACUUUCAUGUCUGGUGUUGCAGAUCAAAGAAAUUAUU